AUGACCGUUUUUCGCGAGCCCGACUCGCCUGCAUCGCCGCCAUCCGCAUCGGCGUCGCCGCGCGCACAGAGGAAGCACCUGCUGCCUCGCCCCGUGCUCGACGCCCUUGCCGGGGCCGUGUCGGGCGGGGUGGCGCGCCUCGUGGUGUCGCCGCUCGACGUCAUCAAGAUCCGAUUCCAGGUGCAGCUGGAGCCCAUCCACGCGCCGCAUGCCGCAGCCGCCGCCGCCACCUCCGCAGCUGGGCGCGCGGCGGCGACGGUGGCGGCGGGCGCGGUGCGCGCGUCGCGGUCCAAGUACACGGGGCUGCUGCAGGCCGCGCGGGAGAUUCUCCGCGAGGAAGGCGUGCAGGGCUUCUGGCGGGGCACGGUGCCGGGGCUGCUGCUCGUCAUGCCCUACACCGCCAUCCAGUUCGUCGUCAUCCACCGCUUCAAAUCGCUCAUGACCGGCUCGCACCGCACAGAGGACCACAAGCAGCUGCGGGCGGAGCUGUCAUUCGUGGGCGGGUCGGUGGCGGGCAUGGCGGCCACGGUGGGCUCGUACCCCUUCGACCUCCUGCGCACCGUGCUGGCCAGCCAGGGCGAGCCCAAGGUGUAUGCGGGCAUGAGGGCGGCGUGCAUGGGGAUAGUGAGGGAGCGCGGGGUGAGGGGGCUGUUUGCGGGCCUGCCGCCCACCAUGGUGGAGAUCAUCCCCUAUGCCGGCCUGCAGUUUGGCCUCUACGACGCUUUCAAGCGCCGCCUUGCUCACUACAACUGGUCGCGCUCCAAGGCUCGCCACGACCGCCCCGUGUCGCUCGCCCACUCGCACCUGCCCUCCACAGCCCCAUCCACCGCGCCACUCUCCCCGCCGCCAUCACCAUCACCAGCUGCAGCCCCGCCAGCCGUGGCAUCGGCAGUGGAGCGGGCGGCACGGCCUCCCCUAUCUGCGGGGCAUGUGAGCGCGUGGCAGCAGUUCAUGUGUGGGCUGGCAGCGGGCACACUGGCCAAGGUCGCCUGCCACCCACUCGAUGUCGUCAAAAAACGAUUCCAAGUGGAGGGGCUGCGGCGCCAUCCGAGGUACGGAGCGCGCAUUCAGCCGAGGGCGUACCGCGGCAUGAUAGACGCCUUGCGCAAGAUAGUGGCCGCUGAGGGUGUAGAGGGGCUCUAUAAAGGCGUGCUGCCUUCCGUCAUGAAAGCCGCCCCAUCCGCUGCCAUCACCUUCUUUGUCUACGAGCUGGUUGCAAAGUUUCUUGAGGAAAUGUCUUCAACAGAGCUCUAA